AUGUUUACUACAAAGCCAUCAGUUGAUUUCAGAGCAGCAAAUGAUUCAACUAGAAUAGACUUGAACAAAGGUGAUUCACGUUUAACACCAGCAACAUUUGUUAGCUAUGCACCGUCAGCAGGAUAUGGUGAACCACUACCCUGGGAUAUCGUUGACUGGCAAUUGAAUAAUGAUGGAUUUGAAAAGUUAUGGAGUAGUCAAAACUCAAAUGUAAUUCCAAGUAUAUCUGCGAGUAUCAAAGCAACUAUCGACCCUACAGAUAUACUUGUUGAUGCUGUUCAUAAUUUCCAUCCUAAUUAUCGUCAUUAUACUCAGACACAAAUGGAUGAAGACAGUUGAAGAUGCACGAUAUUUCUCCAGAUAAAGUACAAAUCAUUUGACUUCUGCAGAAUACAUUCUACCAAGAGGAUAAUUUAAUAUGUACAUCAAUUAGUCACUCAAGUAUUGAAUGCUUUUUUCAAUGAUAUAUUGACCAUUCAAAUACGCUGGAGUCUUUCUAUGCCUUAUUCCUAAAAGUGCUUAUUUUGUUUUCCUUCUUUAAAUGAGUGGAAGCAUUCUCAGACAUGAUAUUCGAUUCCAAUAAUCAAUUGCAAACUUCUCGUUCCUUGGUUUGCUUCCAUUGACCUUGAAAUUUUAUCUUGUCUUGAUUGAAUAUGUAAAUAUAUUUUCAGUGGAUG